CGAUUUGCUUUGUUAUCGAACACUUUUUUCUUGAUUUCAAUUUUUUUUUUUUGAAAAAAAAACGGAUAGAUAUAUUUUAAUAUGAAAAUAACUCCUACCACUUCUGAUACUGAGGUUUCUGCACUUGAAAAAAAAAAUCUGGGACGUGUCGUCCAAAUAAUAGGUCCGGUACUAGAUGUUGUUUUUCCACCAGGGAAGAUGCCUAAUAUUUACAACGCUCUGAUAGUUCAAGGUCGAGAUACUGUUGGCCAACAAAUUAACGUAACUUGUGAAGUACAGCAAUUAUUAGGAAAUAAUCGAAUUAGAGCUGUAGCUAUGAGUGCUACAGAUGGGUUAAAGAGGGGGAUGGAAGUUAUUGACACGGGAGCUCCUCUAAGUGUUCCAGUCGGCGGAGCAACUCUAGGGCGAAUUUUCAACGUACUUGGAGAGCCUAUUGAUAAUUUAGGUCCUGUAGAUACUCGCACAACAUCUCCUAUUCAUAGAUCUGCGCCUGCCUUUAUACAGUUAGAUACAAAAUUAUCCAUUUUUGAAACAGGUAUUAAAGUAGUAGAUCUUUUAGCUCCUUAUCGGCGUGGCGGAAAAAUAGGACUUUUUGGUGGAGCUGGGGUAGGUAAAACAGUACUCAUUAUGGAAUUGAUCAAUAACAUUGCCAAAGCUCAUGGAGGUGUAUCCGUAUUUGGCGGAGUAGGUGAACGUACUCGUGAGGGAAACGAUCUUUAUAUGGAAAUGAAAGAAUCUGGAGUAAUUAAUGAAAAAAAUAUUGCGGAAUCAAAAGUAGCUCUAGUCUACGGUCAAAUGAAUGAACCGCCCGGAGCUCGUAUGAGAGUUGGUUUAACUGCCCUAACUAUGGCGGAAUAUUUCCGAGAUGUCAAUGAACAAGACGUACUUUUAUUUAUCGACAAUAUCUUCCGCUUUGUCCAAGCAGGAUCCGAAGUAUCCGCCUUAUUGGGCCGAAUGCCUUCUGCUGUGGGUUAUCAACCCACCCUGGGUACUGAAAUGGGUUCUUUACAAGAAAGAAUUACUUCUACCAAAGAAGGGUCUAUAACUUCUAUUCAAGCAGUUUAUGUACCUGCAGACGAUUUGACCGAUCCUGCUCCUGCCACGACAUUUGCACAUUUGGAUGCUACUACAGUACUAUCAAGAGGAUUAGCUGCCAAAGGUAUCUAUCCAGCAGUAGAUCCUUUAGAUUCAACGUCAACUAUGCUCCAACCUCGGAUCGUUGGUGAAGAACAUUAUGAAACUGCGCAAAGAGUUAAAGAAACUUUACAACGUUACAAAGAACUUCAGGAUAUUAUAGCUAUUCUUGGGUUGGACGAAUUAUCCGAAGAGGAUCGCUUAACCGUAGCAAGAGCACGAAAAAUUGAACGUUUCUUAUCACAACCAUUUUUCGUAGCAGAAGUAUUUACAGGUUCGCCAGGGAAAUAUGUCGCGCUAGAAGAAACAAUUAGAGGGUUUAAAUUGAUUCUUUCUGGAGAAUUAGAUAGUCUUCCCGAACAAGCGUUUUAUUUGGUGGAGAAAAUUGAAAAAAUGACUUUAAAUCUUUGUGUACUGACCCCCAAUCGAAUUGUUUGGGAUUCAGAAGUGAAAGAAAUUAUUUUAUCUACUAAUAGUGGACAAAUUGGAGUAUUAAAAAACCAUGCGCCUAUUGCAACAGCUGUAGAUAUAGGUAUUUUGAGAAUACGCCUUAACGACCAAUGGGUAACUAUGGCUCUGAUGGGCGGUUUUGCUAGAAUAGGCAAUAACGAGAUCACAAUUUUAGUAAAUGAUGCAGAAAAGGGUAGUGACAUUGAUCCACAAGAAGCACAACAAACUCUUAAAAUAGCGGAAGCUAACUUGAAUAAGGCUGAAGGCAAGAGACAAACAAUUGAGGCAAAUCUAGCUCUCAGACGAGCUAGGACACGAGUUGAGGCUAUCAUAUCAAUAUGACUCGUAACAAGUUUGUGCAGCCAAAUAAUUUAAAAUUGAAAAAAAAAAAAAAAAUAGA